GACACGGAGGGGCUGGAGCCCUGGGCUUCCUAAAGCUGGAGCUGCAUCAUGGACCACCUCAGAGUGCCCCUCUGGCCUCCUGUGGGCCCCCUCUGGCUCCUACUUGCUGGGGCAGCCUGGGCACCCUCACCCAGCCUCCCGGACCCAAAGUUUGAGAGCAAAGCGGCCCUGCUGGCAUCCCGGGCCUCCGAAGAACUUCUGUGCUUCACGCAGCGCUUGGAAGACUUGGUGUGUUUCUGGGAGGAAGCGGCGAGUUCCGGGACGGGCUUCAACUACAGCUUCUCUUACCAGCUUGAGGGUGAGUCACGAAAGUCAUGUCGCCUGCACCAGGCGCCCACCAUCCGCGGCUCGGUGCGGUUUUGGUGUUCACUGCCGACUGCAGACACGUCGAGCUUCGUGCCGCUGGAGCUGCAGGUGACGGCGGCCUCCGGGUCCCCUCGCUACCACCGCAUCAUCCAUAUCAAUGAAGUAGUGCUCCUGGACGCCCCCGCGGGGCUGCUGGCGCGCCCGGCAGAGGAGGGCAGCCACGUGGUACUGCGCUGGCUGCCACCUCCUGGGGCACCUAUGACCACCCACAUCCGCUACGAGGUGGACGUGUCGACAGGCAAUCGGGCAGGGGGGACACAAAGGGUGGAGGUCCUGGAAGGACGCACUGAAUGUAUACUGAGCAACCUGCGGGGCGGGACGCGCUACACCUUCGCUGUUCGAGCGCGCAUGGCCGAGCCGAGCUUCAGCGGAUUCUGGAGCGCCUGGUCUGAGCCCGCGUCGCUGCUGACCGCUAGCGACCUGGACCCUCUCAUCCUGACCCUGUCUCUCAUCCUUGUCCUCAUCUCGCUGUUGCUGGCAGUGCUGGCCCUGCUGUCCCACCGCCGGGCUCUGCAGCAGAAGAUCUGGCCUGGCAUCCCAAACCCAGAGAGGGAGUUCGAGGGUCUCUUCACCACCCACAAGGGUAACUUCCAGCUGUGGCUGCUGCAGCAGGACAGCUGUCUCUGGUGGAGCCCAAGCAGCUCCUUCCCCGAGGACCCACCUGCCCACCUAGAAGUUCUCUCAGAGCGUCCUUGGGGAGUGACACAGGCUGGGCAUGCAGAGGCCAAUGAGGAAGGACCCUUACUGGAGCCAGUGGGCAGCGAGCAUGCCCAGGACACCUACCUGGUACUGGAUGAGUGGUUGCUGCCCCGGAGCCCAGGCAGUGAGAACCUCUCAAGAUCUGGGGACAGUGUGGACCCGGUGACUAUGGAUGAAGGUUCAGAAACAUCUUCCUGCCCCUCUGACUUGGCCUCAAAGCCCAGGCCAGAGGGAACCUCACCUUCCAGCUUUGAGUACACCAUCCUGGACCCCAGCUCUCAGCUCCUGUGUCCUCGGGCACUGCCUCCUGAGCCACCUCCCACCCCACCUCACCUGAAGUACCUGUAUCUUGUGGUGUCCGAUUCGGGUAUCUCAACAGAUUACAGUUCAGGGGGUUCCCAGGGAGUCCGCGGGGACUCGUCUGAUGGCCCCUACUCUCACCCCUAUGAAAAUAGCCUUGUUCCAGGCCCAGAACCUCUGCACCGUAGCUACGUGGCCUGCUCCUAGGACUCCAGCCUGCAGCAUGCAGAUCCCAAGCCCACGACUUCUUGAACGGGAUAGGUAAGGCCAUUAAAGUCAUGGCCGAC